AAGGAGGAGGAGGAGGAGGAGGAGGAAGAAGAGGAGGAAAAGGAGAGGGAGGAAGAAGAGGAAGAAGAGAAGGAGGAGGAGGCGGAGGCGGGGCCCGUUCCCGCUGUCCCGGCUCUACCCCGAGUAGCGUCCCCCCGUUUCCAUGGCGACGAGUCCCUGGCGCGGCCGCAGCGCCCCCCGCUGGCGGGAGAGGUGGCCCUGGUCACCCUGAGUCACAGCUCGGGGAUGUCCCCACCUGCCCAGUCCAACCAGUCCAGCCAGACUGGUGGGGGUGACGAGGUUUUUGUGGGCCACUGCCUGUCCUCCUGGGCAUCUCCUCUCAUCUUUGAGCUGCCAGAGGAGAAGUUAGAGAUCCAAGGAGGGGAGAAAGCCAAGGAGCUGAGCCCAGGGGCUGGUGGCCUGGCCCAGCAGCAGUGGGGUUAA